CAGUGUGCCACCCUGCCCAUGCCGUGCUUGGCUCCUCACAGGGGCUUCAGCUACGUGGACCUGGUGGAGGGGCUUCGGGAUGGGCGUUUCUACGCCCUGAAGCGCAUCCUGUGCCAUGACAAGGAGGAUCGUCAGGCUGCCCUGCACGAGGUGGAGAUGCAUGGCCUCUUUGACCACCCCAACAUCCUGCGCCUGGUGGCCCACUGCAUGGUGGAGAAGGGUGCCAAGCAUGAAGCCUGGCUCCUCCUGCCCUACGUGAAGGGGGGGACACUCUGGAGUGAGGUGCAAGCACUGCGAGAGAAAGGGACCUUCAUGCCAGAGCAGCGGAUCCUCUUCAUCCUCCAUGGCAUCUGUUGCGGGCUGCAGGCCAUCCACAGCAAGGGCUAUGCACACAGGGACCUCAAACCCACCAACGUGCUGCUGGAUGAAGAUGACCAGCCUGUGCUGAUGGACCUGGGUUCCAUGAACCAAGCUCGCAUAGAAGUCAACAGCUCUCAGAAGGCCAUGGCCGUGCAGGACUGGGCUGCCCAGCGCUGCACCAUCUCCUACCGUGCCCCUGAGCUUUUCACGGUGCCGAGCCAGUGUGUCAUAGAUGAGCGCACAGAUAUCUGGUCCCUAGGCUGCAUGCUGUACUGCAUGAUGUUUGGGGAGGGCCCCUAUGAUGCCAUCUUCCAGAAGGGUGACAGCGUGGCUCUGGCAGUGCAGAACCCCAUCACCAUGCCUCCCACAACGAGGUACUCGGCUGCCUUGCAGAACCUGCUCUCCUCCAUGAUGACACUGAACCCCCAGGAGCGACCCAGCAUAAAUGAGGUCCUCCACCAGCUGGAGGGGAUGCGGCCAGCACCGGCAGGCCAGGACACCACGCAGAUGUGA